AUGAGUGGCCCAUCAGGCGCCAUUCGUCGCCAUCUUGGUUCCCGCGCUUGUUCUCGUCCGCACGCUCCUUUGCACCCAUUGUCAAGUUUAAUGUCUUUGGCUCUUUUUGAUGUCGUCAAGGGGAGGGUUACCAGCCUGAAGGAAUACGGCGCAUUCAUCAGCAUUGGCCACACUGGGAAGCAAGGUCUUCUGCAUCGUUCGCAAAUCUCCAACCACCCUGUCGAUAGAAUCGAAGAUGUACUAGAGAAUGGGGAGGAGGUCUUUUGCAAAGUUAUCAAUAUGCGAGAUGGAAGGAUCGGCCUCAGCAUGCGACUGGUAGAUCAAACCACCGGUCGCGACAAGGACCCAGACAACCUGAUUGCAUCGCCCGGCCACUUACUCAGCUCAGUCGGUGGUUACCAAUCGCUUAACGAAUUGGUCCCGUCCCGAACAUCACCUUGCGCUUCUGCCUCGGUAUGUGACCGCUGGCUCGAAGUAACGGUCGUCACUUAG